AUGUCGAAGCCAACGCUCAGCGACGUGGACAAGUACCAUCUUGUCGACGCAUACAGUCCGCCAGAAACACAUCACCUGCUGGCAGAAGCUGGGGUCGCGAAGUCUAAACUACCUUGGAUUGACCUGAUACUGAAGUCGUUGCUCGGAGGAGCAUUCAUUGCAAUGGGCGCCGCCUUCGACAUCACCAUUGCCGGUGGCUCACCUGGCCUGCGAGCAAGCAAUCCAGCCCUCGUCACCAUGAUCGGUGCAUUCCUCUUUCCUGUGGGAUUUACGUUCAUCAUCCUCACGAACACAGAGCUGGCUACGUCAAACUUCUUUACGAUGAUGUUCUCUACCCUGAUGCGACGAACAACAAUAUACGACUUGACUCGGAACUGGGUCACGUCUUAUAUCUUCAAUUUUGCUGGUGCUCUGUUCUUCGCUGGCGUCCUUACCUGGUGGUCUGACACAUUGUCAACGGAUGCGCAGUCAACUUAUGCUGUCACACAAGCCGAGGGAAGAGUCAAUAUCAACUGGGCCUACAACUUCACCCGCGGCAUCGGCUGCAACUGGCUGGUUGGCCUGGCGAUGUACUUAGCCACCUCUGGAAGAGAUAACACAUCUAAGAUAUACGGCCUAUGGAUUCCCAUCUGGGCUUUUGUUGGACUUGGCUACCAGCACUCAAUUGCGAACUUCUAUCUUGUGCCUAUCGGCAUGUUUUACGGAUCUAAUUUCGGCGUUGGCAAGUUCAUCUGGAAUAGCGUCAUCCCGGUCACGCUGGGAAACAUCGUUGGUGGUGCGUCUUUCUGCGGUUGUCUCUUCUGGGUACUUUAUGGAAGAGAGCCGACAUUAGUAAAUGAGGCCGGUACCCAACUGGGAGGCGACAAGAGACCAGGGAGGAAUCAUCACGGCGCCGCGUCACUUCCCAACGGUCCGACGAAUGGUCAACAGCAUUCUGGUCACGAUUCCGUAUAG